AACCAAACAUUUAUUUUUUUUAAAAAAGUGCAGGGAACAAAAACUGUUAUUCCAAUUUCACAAAUGUUAACUCUCAUUAUCUUCAUCUUCAUCUUCUUCCUCUUCACCUUCUUCAUCUUUACCUCCAUCGACGCCCACGUCUUCAUCUAUGGCGGCUGCUCCCAAGACAAAUACCCGCCAAACUCGCCCUACGAAGCCAACAAAAACUCCUUCCUCUCAUCCAUCGCCGCCGCCUCCUCCCUCGCCCUCUACCACGACUUCGCCGUCGGCAACGACACCGCCGCCCCCGUCUUCGGCCUGCACCAGUGCCGCGGCGACCUAUCGCCCCGCGACUGCGCGGCAUGCAUCGCCGGCGCCAUCAACCAGAUCGCCGUGCUCUGCCCCGACACCUACGGCGCCAGCCUGCAGCUCGACGCCUGCUUCCUCAGGUACGAGCGCGCCGAUUUCCUGGGGAGGCUGGACGCCGGCUUGAGGUACAGGAGGUGCGGCGGCGCCGACGGCGACGCCGAGUUCUGGCGGCGGAGGGACGGCGUGCUCGCUGAGCUCGAGGCGGCCGCCGGGUUCCGGGUGAGCGCCGCCGGGGACGUGGAGGGCUACGCGCAGUGCCUGGGGGAUUUGGCGGCCGAGGAUUGCUCCGCGUGCCUGGCGGAGGCGGUGGCGAAGGUGAAGACACUCUGUGGCGCGGCGGCGGCGGCGGCGGCGGAUGUUUUCUUGGCGCAGUGCUAUGUUCGGUAUUGGGAGUCAGGCUACUACGAUUCUUCUUCUUCAGAUUCCUCAAAUGGAGAUGACGUGGGAGAAACAGUGGCCAUAAUUGUGGGGGUGGUGGCCGGAGUCGCAGUUCUGAUUGUAUUUCUAUCAUUUUGCAGAAAAGCCCUUGGUUGAAUUCGGAAAAAGCAUCUAUUUGGAAUAAAUUCUGGGAUUGGACAAGACCAAUAUAUAUAGCAGAAACCUGUGUAUGGAAAAAUGAAGAAUCUAUUCCAUGUAUUUUGUGGUGCUAUAAGUUUUGCACGAAUUGUUGGCGCAAUGCGUAGGAAUUUAAGUGUAUCAUAUUUGGUGUUUUAAUUAUUAUGCGCGUUUCAUUUUUAAUUGUUUAUA